AUGGAGGCCUGGAUGAUGCAGCCGAUCACUUUUUCAGUUAAAGAUGUCCCGAUGAAUGGCCAAGCACAUGGAGACCCCCUAGUCAUCACCUUACUCAUUGAAAAAUGGGGAGUCAAAAGGAUACUAGUGGACAAUGGGAGUUCAGUCGAAGUUCUCUUUUAUGACACGUUCAAAAGGAUGGAACUAUUUGAUGACAUCUUAAUUCCUUCAACCUAUGGGAUCUAUGGAUUCAAUGGGACAGUAACCGUACCAAGGGGAGAAGUAAUGCUCAAAGUCUCAGAUGGGGAGGGGUACUUGGAUACCCUUACCACCUUUUGCGUUGUAGAUGUCGUAUCACCUUAUGAGGCGAUUGUCGGCCGAUCUUGGAUCGCAGGCAUCAAAGGGGUAACCUCCGCCUACCACCAAAGGUUGAGGUUCCCUACUUAUCGGGGAGUUUUGGAAGUGAUAGGCGAUCCUCAGGCAGCAAGACAAUGUAGGCAAUUUGAUAUUCAACAAAACGAAGAGAAGCGAUCAAGACAACGUCGAGAAAAGAAUAAAGCUAAGGAAAUUAAGGCAGGGGAAGAACUAGAUAAAGUCAUUUCGCAAGCAUUCAUCGCCUAUGAAGCAGGCAAGAAAGAGAUCUUAUAG